AUGAGUUUUUUCGGAAGAAUGUUCGGUGGUAAAAAAGGCGAUAAAGCGCCAACCACUGGAGAAGCAAUUCAGAAACUUAGGGAAACUGAAGAUAUGUUAAUAAAAAAACAAGAAUUUUUAGAAUCUAAAAUAGAACAAGAAUUGCAAAUAGCGAGAGCAAAUGGUGUUAAAAAUAAGAGAGCUGCUUUACAAGCAUUAAAAAGAAAAAAGAGGUAUGAAAAACAACUUCAGCAAAUCGAUGGCACCCUGUCAACUAUUGAAAUGCAGAGAGAGGCCUUGGAAGGAGCCAAUACGAAUACAGCUGUUCUUACAACUAUGAAAAAUGCAGCUGAUGCUUUGAAAGCAGCACACAAACACAUGGAUGUCGAUCAAGUUCACGACAUGAUGGAUGAUAUAGCUGAACAACAAGAUGUUGCCAGAGAAAUUUCAGAUGCAAUUUCAAAUCCUGUUGCAUUUGGACAAGAUGUCGAUGAGGAUGAACUUCUUAAAGAAUUGGAAGAAUUAGAGCAAGAAGAGUUAGAUAAAGAACUACUUGGUGUGGCUACUCCAUCGCCCGAAUUACCCAAUGUGCCUGUAGGAGAACCUUCGAAAGCGAGAGCAAAAGCGUCUGCUAGUAAGUUUUAUAUAUCAAAAUAA